UUUGUAAGUCCUUAGAUUGAGUCAGUAGGUCUUGUCAGUCAGGGGGUAGAGUCUAAGUGGUGAGGAGUGGAACCGUUUCUUGGUUGUACACCUACCACCAUGGUUGACACCCGUGGAGGGAAGAGCACUACCCCUUACACCCAGGCCCAAGAGGAGCGUGCCGCCGCCAUUCUAAAAGAGAAAGGAGAUGAAGGAGAAGAAGUUCCUCAAACAAGCAAAGUUAAAGGCGAUAGCGGAGGAGCGGGCGGCAAAGAAGAAGAAGUUGGAGGAAGACAUGAGGAGAUUAGAGCAGGAGGAGGAAGAGAAGAGAAGGGCUGCUGAAGAAGAAGCAGCAGCAGAGGAGGAAGAAGUAGAAGACGUACCCCUCAACAGGAGACACAGGGAAGAACGAGGGGAAAGCAGUGGCACGAAGGGAGAGGAUGCGUGGAUGGAGAAAAAGAUUAGCGAGUGGGUAGCUAAUUUAUCCCUGGGAGAGGAUGAGAAGGCACUGUUGUACGUGCCUCAGGAGGAGAGAGAAGCAUACGCUAGGGAGUUGGAAGCGAUGGAGGACCCCCUGGACCGCCAGACAACAGAAGAUGAAAAGAGAUUGGAGUGGAAGUUGCGGCUGAACAGGGAGAAGAAGAGGAGGGAGGAAGCCAACCGGGUGGCUAAAGAGGUGGAAAAAUUCCAGGCAUGCAGACAAGAGGUGCAUUCACAAGCAGAGACCCCCGCAAAAUUAGACAAGAUUUUGGGGUACCUUGAGGUUCUGAGCGAGGCCUGGCUUGAGGAGCAUCAGGCCAACAAGGGUCAGGAUGUGACCCUUCAUGCCAUCUGGUCAGGUUUCAGAGAGUUUGCGCGUGACGUGGUGACCCACGUCAGGACCGAAGUAAAGAGAUUGAAGGAAAGUGCAGAGAAGUUCUGCGCCGGCGCCGUUGAGGGCGCCAAAGUAGUGGCCACAGCAGAGGCCGCGUCACUUGGCCAGGAAUGAAAGUUGACUGCAUAGAGUAUGUCCGCAGUUGCAAAGUAUGCCAGAGAAACAAGAGUACUACGCGUGCCCCUCUAAGUC